CGAGAGGUCUGUGCAGCAGGUUCGCGGGUCGCUGGCGGGGGCAGCGGAGGGGUGCGCCGAGAGCGGUGAGAUGGAGGGUGAUGGCUCAGACCCAGAGCCUCCAGAUGCUGGAGAGGACAGCAAAUCGGAGAAUGGGGAGAAUGCACCCAUCUACUGCAUCUGCCGCAAACCAGAUAUCAACUGCUUCAUGAUCGGGUGUGACAACUGCAAUGAGUGGUUCCAUGGGGACUGCAUCCGGAUCACUGAGAAGAUGGCCAAGGCCAUCCGGGAGUGGUACUGUCGGGAUUGCCGAGAGAAAGACCCCAAGCUGGAAAUCCGUUAUCGGCACAAGAAGUCACGGGAGCGGGACAGCAAUGAGCGAGACGGCAGUGAGCCUCGGGAUGAGGGUGGAGGGCGCAAGAGGCCUGCCCCGGAUCCAGAUCUGCAGCGCCGGGCGGGGUCAGGGACAGGGGUUGGGGCGAUGCUUGCUCGGGGCUCUGCUUCGCCCCACAAAUCCUCUCCACAGCCCUUGGUGGCCACACCCAGCCAGCAUCACCAGCAGCAGCAGCAGCAGCAGCAGCAACAGCAGCAGCAGAUCAAACGGUCAGCCCGCAUGUGUGGCGAGUGCGAGGCCUGCCGGCGCACUGAGGACUGUGGCCACUGUGACUUCUGUCGGGACAUGAAGAAGUUUGGGGGCCCCAACAAGAUCCGGCAGAAGUGCCGGCUGCGUCAGUGCCAGCUGCGGGCCCGGGAAUCGUACAAGUACUUCCCUUCCUCGCUCUCGCCAGUGACGCCCUCAGAAUCCCUGCCAAGGCCUCGCAGGCCACUGCCCACCCAGCAGCAGCCACAGCCAUCACAGAAGCUGGGGCGCAUCCGUGAGGACGAGGGGGCAGUGGCAUCAUCAGCGGUCAAGGAGCCACCUGAGGCUACGGCCACACCUGAGCCACUCUCAGACGAGGACCUACCACUGGAUCCUGACCUGUACCAGGACUUCUGUGCAGGGGCCUUUGAUGACCAUGGCCUGCCCUGGAUGAGUGACACAGAGGAGUCCCCGUUCUUGGAUCCUGCCCUGCGGAAGAGGGCAGUGAAAGUGAAGCAUGUAAAGCGUCGGGAGAAGAAGUCUGAGAAAAAGAAGGAAGAGAGAUAUAAGCGGCAUCGGCAGAAGCAGAAGCACAAGGACAAAUGGAAACACCCAGAACGUGCCGAUGCCAAGGACCCUGCGUCGCUACCGCAGUGCCUGGGACCUGGCUGUGUGCGCCCUGCCCAGCCUGGCUCCAAGUAUUGCUCAGAUGACUGUGGCAUGAAGCUGGCAGCCAACCGCAUCUACGAGAUCCUCCCCCAGCGCAUCCAGCAGUGGCAGCAGAGUCCCUGCAUUGCUGAGGAGCACGGGAAGAAGCUGCUCGAACGUAUUCGCCGUGAACAGCAGAGUGCCCGCACCCGCCUCCAGGAAAUGGAGCGCCGAUUCCAUGAGCUUGAGGCCAUCAUUCUUCGUGCCAAGCAGCAGGCUGUCCGUGAGGAUGAGGAGAGCAAUGAGGGUGACAGCGACGACACGGACCUGCAGAUCUUCUGCGUCUCUUGCGGGCAUCCCAUCAACCCACGUGUUGCCUUGCGCCACAUGGAGCGCUGCUACGCCAAGUAUGAGAGCCAGACGUCCUUUGGGUCCAUGUACCCCACACGCAUUGAGGGAGCUACCCGACUCUUCUGUGAUGUCUACAAUCCUCAGAGCAAGACAUACUGUAAGCGGCUCCAGGUGCUGUGCCCCGAGCACUCACGGGACCCCAAAGUGCCAGCUGAUGAGGUAUGCGGGUGCCCCCUUGUACGUGAUGUCUUUGAGCUCACAGGUGACUUCUGCCGCCUGCCCAAGCGCCAGUGUAACCGCCACUACUGCUGGGAGAAGUUGCGGCGUGCUGAAGUGGAUUUGGAGCGUGUGCGCGUGUGGUACAAGCUUGACGAGCUGUUUGAGCAGGAGCGCAACGUACGCACAGCCAUGACUAAUCGGGCAGGAUUACUGGCCCUGAUGCUGCACCAAACGAUCCAGCAUGACCCACUCACUACCGACCUGCGCUCCAGUGCUGACCGCUGAGCCUCACAAUGGCGCAGAAGUCCUCACACCCUGCAUUCCAGGCUGGGGAGCUGCCCUGAAUCCCCCAUUUGUCUGUUCUGCCCUUCAUAUGUUUCUCCGGCGGUCCUUGAGUUUCUCCCUGUACGGAUCCACCAUUUGACUGCCCGGCUGCUGUUACCAGGGGGUCUCAGAACUUUUUCCUGUUCUUGUCUGUUCCUUUGUUUCUCCAUUCUCUGUGCCUGGG